GUAUCCCUCCGCCGCCCGGUGCGCGCGCGCGCCGCCGCCUCCCCGCUCGCGCGGCCCCUUCUUUUUUUUUUUUUUUUUUUUCCCUUUUUUUUUUUUCUUCGUCUUCUUUUUCUUUUUUUUUCUUUUUUUUUUUUUUUUUUUUUUUUUUGAAAAUAAUCUCCCGCCACCGCCCCGCAGCCGCACCGGGAGCCUCCACCUACCCCGCCCCGCUCCGGCCUCCGCCCGCCGCCUCUGCGGGGCAGGCCCCGGCUUUCCGCCCUUCCCCUCCCUCCCCUCCUCCGGCCCGCCCCGCUUCCCCCCCCCUUUCCCCUCCUCCUCCUCCUCCUCCUCCCGCCGGCGCCGGAGCCGCCACGCCGCCGCCAUGGAGCUCAUCACCAUCCUAGAGAAGACGGUCUCGCCGGACUGCUCGGAGCUCGAGGCGGCGCAGAAGUUCCUGGAGCAGGCGGCCAUCGAGAACCUGCCGACCUUCCUGGUGGAACUGUCCAAAGUGCUGGCAAACCCCGGGAACAGCCAGGUUGCGCGCGUGGCCGCCGGGCUGCAGAUCAAGAACUCGCUGACCUCCAAGGAUCCCGACAUCAAGGCCCAGUACCAGCAGAGAUGGCUCGCCAUCGACGCCAACGCGCGCAGGGAGGUCAAGAACUUCGUGCUGCAGACGCUGGGCACGGAGACGUACCGGCCCAGCUCGGCGUCGCAGUGCGUGGCCGGCAUCGCCUGCGCCGAGAUCCCCAUGAACCAGUGGCCGGAGCUGAUCCCGCAGCUGGUGGCCAACGUCACCAACCAGCACAGCACCGAGCACAUGAAGGAGUCCACGCUCGAGGCCAUCGGUUACAUCUGCCAGGACAUCGAUCCAGAGCAGCUCCAGGACAAAUCCAAUGAAAUCCUGACUGCCAUAAUCCAGGGAAUGAGAAAGGAGGAGCCCAGCAACAAUGUGAAGCUUGCAGCUACCAACGCACUCCUGAACUCUUUGGAAUUCACCAAAGCAAACUUUGACAAAGAGUCUGAAAGGCACUUUAUUAUGCAAGUAGUCUGUGAAGCCACACAGUGUCCGGACACGAGGGUGCGAGUGGCUGCCUUGCAGAACCUGGUGAAGAUCAUGUCCCUUUAUUACCAGUACAUGGAGACCUACAUGGGGCCUGCCCUGUUCGCUAUCACGAUCGAGGCCAUGAAGAGCGACAUCGACGAGGUGGCGCUGCAGGGCAUCGAGUUCUGGUCCAACGUGUGCGACGAGGAGAUGGACCUGGCCAUCGAGGCCUCCGAGGCAGCAGAACAAGGACGGCCCCCAGAGCACACCAGCAAGUUCUAUGCCAAGGGGGCACUGCAAUAUUUGGUCCCUAUUCUAACCCAGACCUUAACAAAACAGGACGAGAACGACGACGACGACGACUGGAACCCCUGCAAGGCAGCAGGGGUGUGCCUGAUGCUGCUGGCCACGUGCUGCGAGGACGACAUCGUCCCCCACGUGCUGCCCUUCAUCAAGGAGCACAUCAAAAACCCCGACUGGAGGUACCGGGAUGCGGCCGUCAUGGCCUUCGGAUGCAUCCUGGAAGGGCCCGAGCCCAACCAGCUCAAGCCUUUAGUAAUACAGGCCAUGCCAACGUUGAUAGAGCUGAUGAAGGAUCCCAGCGUGGUGGUCAGGGACACGACAGCCUGGACCGUGGGCAGGAUCUGCGAGAUGCUGCCCGAGGCCGCCAUCAACGACAUCUACCUGGCCCCGCUGCUGCAGUGCCUGAUGGAGGGGCUGAGCGCCGAGCCCAGGGUGGCCACCAAUGUCUGCUGGGCCUUCUCCAGCCUUGCUGAAGCUGCCUAUGAAGCCGCAGAUGUGGCUGAUGAUCAGGAAGAACCAGCAACUUACUGCUUAUCCUCCUCCUUUGAGCUGAUAGUGCAGAAACUGCUGGAGACUGCAGACAGACCUGAUGGACACCAGAAUAACUUGAGGAGUUCUGCCUAUGAAUCCCUGAUGGAAAUAGUGAAAAACAGUGCCAAGGACUGUUAUCCUGCUGUCCAAAAAACCACCCUGGUCAUCAUGGAGAGGCUCCAGCAAGUGCUGCAGAUGGAGUCUCACAUCCAGAGCACCUCUGACAGAAUCCAGUUCAAUGACCUCCAGUCCCUUCUCUGUGCUACUCUCCAGAACGUGCUGCGGAAGGUGCAGCACCAGGACGCGCUGCAGAUCUCAGACGUGGUGAUGGCGUCGCUGCUCAGAAUGUUCCAGAGCACGGCCGGCUCCGGGGGGGUGCAGGAGGACGCCCUGAUGGCCGUCAGCACCCUGGUGGAAGUCCUGGGUGGAGAAUUCCUGAAGUACAUGGAUGCCUUCAAACCUUUCCUUGGGAUUGGGCUGAAAAACUAUGCUGAGUACCAGGUCUGCCUGUCAGCGGUGGGGCUGGUGGGGGACCUGUGCCGAGCCCUGCAGUCCAACAUCCUCCCCUUCUGCGACGAGGUGAUGCAGCUGCUCCUGGAGAACCUGGGGAACGAGAACGUGCACAGGUCGGUGAAGCCGCAGAUCCUCUCGGUGUUCGGGGACAUCGCCCUGGCCAUCGGGGGCGAGUUCAAGAAGUACCUGGACGUGGUGCUCAACACCCUCCAGCAGGCAUCCCAGGCCCAGGUGGACAAGUCCGACUAUGACAUGGUGGAUUACCUGAACGAGCUGCGGGAGGGCUGCCUGGAGGCCUACACUGGCAUCAUCCAGGGCCUCAAGGGAGACCAGGAGAACGUGCACCCUGACGUGAUGCUGGUGCAGCCCAGGGUGGAAUUUAUCCUGUCCUACAUCGACCACAUCGCGGGGGACGAGGAUCACACGGACGGGGUGGUGGCGUGCGCCGCCGGACUCAUAGGGGAUUUGUGUACAGCUUUUGGGAAGGAUGUCCUGAAAUUAGUAGAAGCCAGACCCAUGAUCCACGAACUGCUAACGGAAGGGAGGAGAUCCAAGACGAACAAAACGAAAACCCUCGCGACCUGGGCCACGAAAGAGCUGAGGAAACUCAAGAACCAAGCUUGAUCUAUUACCAUUGGGACGACACCUGAGGAUAAAAAACCAACAACAACACCAAGAAAAAAAAGGAAAAAUCUCCAAUCUCCUACAAAACCCCCCAAAAUCCCCCCGGGAGUGAGGACGUGUGCGGAGUGUUUGGGAAUGAGAGGAUGCUGAGGAUGAGUGAGUGAGGCUCGGAACAAAAAUCCCAAGGUUUGGUGACCCCCGGCAUCCAGGAGAGGGAAUUCUGUGCCCCAAAAAAUUCCAAAACCAAAAUUAUUAAAAAGAAAAAAAAAAAAAAAAGCAAAAAUUCCCACCAGCCCAAGAGCGGCUGAGCUCGGAGGAGAAAAUGAGGGAAAAACGGGGGAAAUUGGGAUUAAAGUGGUGCUCUGUGAGGUUUUGGCUGCUGGAGAGAGAGAGAGAGAGAGGAAAAAAAAGGUGGAAAGUUGGGAUUUCCCAGGGAUUUGGGAUUUCCCAGGGAUUUGGGAUUUCCCAGGGAUUUGGGAUUUCCCAGGGAUUUGGGAAUCUCCGGGAUGAGGCAAAUCCCAAAAGGAGAGAGAAGGAAUUUCAAGAGGAGUGAGUGUGUGUGAGUGAGGUCAUAUCCACAUUCUCAACUUCCCAAAAAAAAAAAAAAAAAAAAACAAAAAAAAUUCAUUGCAGUUUCUCUCUUUUUUUUCCCCAAAAACCACCAAAAAAAAAAAUCCAAAAAUUCCGGAUUAAAAAAAAAAAAAAAAAGACAAAAAAAAGAAUCUAAAAUAUACAAAAUUUAAGGGUUCAGUUGUUGCAUUUCAUAACUGAGGUUCAGGCAGUGAGAGAUGGGGAAAAAAAAGUAGAAAAGAGGGAAAAAAAAAAAAAGACAAAAAAAAGAAAUUUAAGGAAAGUCGCUUUUUUUAGGGAUUUUAUUUUUAGGGAAUGCUGAAUGUUUGGAGCUCUUGGCUUGUCCUGCUCAGCAACAAAAGCGCCUUUCCUUCCUUAAAUAUUCAACUGUGAAUGUAGAAAUGGGGGAAAAAACACAAUUCUUGGGUUGCAGGGAAUAGAAAAAUCCAUUUGUCCAGCGAGUUUCAGGCUUCAAAAAUUCCAAAAAAAAAAAAAUCAAAAAUGUCAGGACAAAAAAAACCUAAAAAUCAGAUUUUUUUUUUUUUUUUAAAAAAAAAAAAAAAAAAAAAAAGUGCUGCAAAUUGGGAAAAGAGAUCUCCUGACUUGGACUGUAGCAGAAUCAAAAUUGUGCCAAAGAGUUCAAAAAGAGGUGGAAAAAAAAAAAGAAAAAUAUGCACAAAAAGAAGGAAAAAAUUUAAAAAUUCAGGUGAUGUUUGGAGAGGAAAAUUGGAUGUGAAGAAAAACACGAAGCAAUGGGAUUAAAAGCUGUUUAUUUGGAAUUAUUUGGGAUUUUUUUUUUUUUUUGCUUUUUCGGGGCUCGAUUCGGAUCAGGCUCGAUGUGGUUUUUGGUCUCUUGCUGCACUUGGAAAAACACAAGGAAAAAAUAAAAAACAGGAAAAAAAAAAAAAAGGAAAAAAAAAAAAAAAAAAGAAAUUUCUAUGAAAUAUAUAAAUAUAUAACUUGAGUUGAGCUGACAACGCCGGCGCUUGUAAAAGGUUUCUAUUUUUCCACUGCAGUUGAAGAUGAAUAAAAUGGUGUCAAACAUUC